AUGCAUUUCACCAAUGCCAUGAAUCCAUACCUUCUCAUCACCCAGGAGGAAGAAGAAAUGCUGAGACCCACCACCAUUGAAGAACUUGACGGACUCAUGAACGAACUAGAAAAACAGAAGUACCCCCGAACCGAAGUCUGCAUACCCACGCUCGUCUUCCAAGAGCCGGCGACGCCUUACCCUACAACUGAAAACGACGCGUCCAAGCUCACCCUGUCCAUGCCAACACCGUCUGUCAAAGUACUCAUCAAGCCCGCCCAGGCAUUGACACCUACUAAAAGCCCUUUCAAACCAAUCCAGACUCCCGACAAAGCUCUUCGACCAAAACGAACCCGAACAACACCCGCCCCAUCCCCAUCGAACGAGCGCAAGAGAGGAAUCCCUAUUCCCAAAAGCUGGGAGACCGCAAGCUCCGAAGACCUGCUACUGUUCAAACUGAAAGAAAACGGCGGAUCCUGGAUGGAUAUCUCGGCAGAAUGGAACCGGAUCAGCGGGCUGGAAUACGCGGCAAGGACUCUCUCGAAUCGGUGGAAUAAAAUCACUUCGACUCUUGGAACGCCGCCUGAGAAGGUGUGGGAUCUGGAUGCUAGUAUGUUUCUCUAG